UUAUAUCACCCACGUGUGCAAAUUUUCAGCAGCGAUUUAUGUUAUUUUUGAAAUACAUAUUAAUAGAGGUAUUCAUAACUGCAUCAAAUUAGGUUUGAAGUGUUAUUCAGCGAUCGUGUGAUCUAAAAGGAAGCAAAUAUCUGUGUAUUUCCCACCAUAAAUAAAUACUCUCGAUACGACGUAAACAUUUUUUCAAAAUGAAAAUAACUCAAAAAAUUCCGAUAGCAGAUGCAACUGCCACCCGAACGUUUUGGCACCUCUGCAAAUCAGAUAAUUCCCGCAAGGCCUUUCAUCUCAUUAAAGAGAAAAAUAGCAAAAGGCCCGAAUUUGAAUUUCAGUUCAACAACGGCGCCCUAUUUGCGCCAAUCAAAGCCCUUCAAGGACGCUCUUGAUCUUAAAUCCCCAAUCCUCAUUGGUUAAUCCGCCCCGAGCUCAGCUAAAACGAGGAAGCCACCACGUGACGAGUGUAUUUUUAAAGUUUGAGUUGAAAAAUGUGUGAAGUGACUAAAAAUAAUUUCAAACAAAAGCUUCCUGAAAUAAAAAGAAGUUUAGAAAAGGCGAAAUUUAUCUCAAUCGAUCUGGAAUUCAGUGCGUUGCAACCUGUGGAGCAUCAGGCCCCAAGGCUUUUUGACGACAAUAAAGAGCGGUACGCCAAACUCCGGCUGAACUUGCUCAACGUGAUCCCGGUGCAGGUCGGGAUCACUGCCUUUCACUUCGACAAUAAGACUAACGAUUAUUUCGGAGAGGUGUUCACGUUUUGGGUCGCCCCGGCCUGCUUUGGGGACACGGACAAGGCGUUUUACUUCCAAGCCAGCACGCUCAGCUUUCUAACCAUGUACAAGUUCGAUUUCAAUAAGUUUGCUUACUCAGGAGUUCCGUUUUUAAACAGCAAGGACGCACGCGACUUGAGAUUAAAGCUAAAAUCGGGCGACUUAGUCGGGGAAAACUGCACGUUGCGCCACGAGCUCGACGAGGCCUUAAAAGCCCACACUCCGGUCAUCUCCAAGUGGUACAACAGCUGCAAAAUCGGCGAUUUUCUGGAAAUACCAGACGUGUACAACAGGUUUGGGCCUUUCUACGAACUGCUGUAUUUCCUCCACAAACAUUUGCGCAAACGCUUCAAGAAUUUGUGGACGUACGACCGGAACGGCGUUUUUUGCGUUAAAAAAGUCACAGAGGCUGAUUUCACCGAGUUGGAGAAACGCUGCUCGCUUGACGACGCAAUCCUGGACGAUUUGACGGGUUUUAAGCACGUUUUUGACACUCUGACUGCGCUCAAGAAGCCGAUAGUUGGCCACAACGUCCUCCAGGACCUUAUGAUUAUGAUAAACAAUUUCGAAAACGCGUUGCCAGAGUCGUAUUUGCAGUACAAGGCUUUGGCCCACCAGCUCUUCCCCACGAUUUUCGACACCAAGACGAUUUAUUACGAGCUGAGGGCGACAAUCCCAAGGGAGAAAUUGCCGGAUGAUACGAGCCUUUCGGCCCUUUUUGACUAUUUUAGAGGGGGACUGGGGCGCCACUUGGCCGUGGACAGCACGGCGAUUGAGUGCAACAUCGACCAGGGGAAAUUUGGGAGUUACCAUGAAGCGGGUUGGGAUUCGUUUUGUGCGGGGUAUAUUUUUCUCAGGAUGGGUUAUUAUAACAUUUCGCAGCAUUAUCCCAAGUCGAAAACUUUCGUUUUUAGCGAAGUUGUGAGCGGGCUGGCGGAGUACAAAAAUCGGGUUAAUGUUAUUAGAGGGGCAGCUUCGCACAUUAAAAUCGAUGGAGAGGAUCCAACUUCGCGAAGGCCCCCUUGGCUGAUCGUCGAGUCGUUAAAAAAUGAGCCGCUCGACGUGAGUGAUCUCAUGUCCACGCUGAGCUCGUACGGCUUUGUCGAUAUCAAAAAACUGUCUUCGAGGGGCGACCGGGUCCUGGUCGCCGUGGACAACUUCAGGGCGAGUGCUGUGACCAUUUCGGGGACGUUUCUCCUGUGGUUGACUCACACGAUGGUGAAGAGGUUUCGCAAACAUGGAGCCAAGUUUAUAGACCUCGGAUUUAUCCGACCUCAGGAAUUAAUAAUUGAUUGUUCUUCACCUUGUUAUCGAAAUAGUUUCAUUUUAAAGUGCCAAAAUAACUCAAGGCCAGGAUUUUUUGUUCGCAAGUUCCCAAUUAAAACUUAGAUGCUUGCCUUACGCCUGACGACAUAAACCGAAAACUUGGGUUAAUAUCCAGGAACUUAAGUUUGAUGUAAAAAGUUUGUACACAUGGUGGGUAAAAUCAAAGCUGCAAUUAAGUUGGAACUUCAACUUUCAUUGCCACACUGAAAGCUCGCGCACUUUUUGCUUCUUUUGAUGUUUUGUGGCAAAAAAAACCUUCUAGAGUGAUUUUUUCUUUAUUAAGAUUUAUUUUUAGUUUGCUUUUGUGCGAAAUAAAAAUACACAAAAUUUUGUUAUUGUUUAAAAUCAUGUUUUCCUUACUUUUUCAACCUUCCUUACAGCUUUGCUCGAUUUAGCUCGUUUUUUGAACAAGAAAUUCUUUGUACCAAAAUUUUUAAAACAGAUUGUUCAAAAGUGUUGUUUUUUGCGAAAUUUCGCAAAUGA